GUGUCCAUUUCAUUUAACGAUUUAGCUGUCUAUUUAUGCUCUGGAUAAACAUUGUCUGAGUGUUCUUUGCCACUGUCUUCCUCUAGUUUAUUGUUUAUUAGUUGUGAAAGGCAAGUACGUUUGAAACUGCAAACAUGUAUUUACACAAUCUUACUUGGUUCUACUGUCUUCGCCACUAUUACUACUAUUACUAUUACUAUUACUACUACUACUACUACUACAUAUCUAACACAUGUUUAUUUUAUUGUGAGACUUAAGGUAAACUUAUGAUACUCGCCAAUUUUCGUGGAAAGACACAUUUCCCUUCCUUUUGUUUGACUGAGAUAAAUGACAGCACAAUCAUCUUAUCUGGGCCACAACCCUGUUACUCCCAUCAGGGUUCACUCCGUGCAGGCCACUAGCCAAUAUUUUUUCUUGGACUCAAAAUUUCACCAUGAAUGUGACUUGGUUCUCUUUUGUUUAUGUUCUUCUUGGAUUUAAAAAAAUAAAUAAAUCUUUAAUUACCAGUAAGAAUGAUUAUGUUGUCAUGUACACAUUGUCCCACUGUGAUAUAAAUGUUUAUCCAUUGUUGUUUUAAGAUUUUGGUCAGUCCUGUUUCAGGUGGGGAAGUGGUUGGAGCUGAAUGCAGAAGAUUGUAGCAGUGUUGGGUGGGGGGAUUGGGGGUCUGUCUGCCUGCCAUCAUCUCAGCAAGAGUCCUAAUGUCUCAAAGGUCGUGCUGCUGGAGGGAGGUGGAAGGUGUGGCGGUUGGUUAAGCACAACACGGAGGGAAGAUGGAGCGGUGUUUGAGCAUGGACCACGAGGGGUGCGACCUGCAGGAGCUGUCGGCCGGAACACUUUGAAUAUGGUGUCUGAGUUGGGUCUUGAAUCGGAAAUCCUUCCAAUUACGAAGGAUCACGUGGCUUCAAAGAACCGCUACCUCUAUGUGAAGGGACAACUGCACAAGAUGCCAUCAGGACUCGGUGGAGUUCUGCGCACCAUCCCUCCUUUCUCUCAUCCUAUAGUCCAGAGUGUUUUAAAGGAGAUGCUGAUCAGUAAAGGGAAAGAACAGGAUGAAUCUGUUCAUGGAUUUGUUUCUAGGCGACUUGGCUCUGAGUUGGCAGAUAUAGCCAUAGACAGCCUGUGCAGAGGGGUGUUUGCUGGGGACUGCAGGCAGUUGAGUGUGCGCUCUUGUUUUCCGCCUCUUUAUGAAGCAGAGCAGGCGUGGGGCUCCAUUGUGCUGGGCAUGCUUAUUGGUUCAGGAGGUGGUCAUAAAGUAGUCCCCUGUGAGUUGGCUAAGAGAGCAUCAGAAGAGUCUUGGACUCAAUGGUCUUUGAAGAGAGGCAUGCAAUCACUCCCAGAAGCACUAGAGGACACACUGAGGAGACGAGAGCGAGUGGAUCUUCAUCACCAGGCCAAUGUGAAGAGUCUGAACAUGGAUGGGAGAGGCUGGGAGAUAAAACUGGAAGAUGGGUCAUGUUUGAAAGCAGAUCAUGUGAUUUCUGCCCUUCCUGCAACGGCCUUGGCAUCGGUGCUGCCCCCUGCUGCUCAACCCCUAUCAGAGGAGCUGCGAUCCAUCGCUUCUGUGACUGUUGCUGUGGUGAAUUUAGAAUAUGAAGGCUUCAUCCUUCCCGUAACAGGCUUUGGACAUUUGGUGCCUUCCUCAGAAGAACCAGGUGUGUUGGGGGUCGUGUAUGACUCCGUUCCCUUUCCACAACACAAUCGGAGUGGAGGACCAACAACCAGACUGACGGUGAUGAUGGGAGGUGCGUGGUUUGAGCAGACGUUUGGUAAUCUGGAUGCAGUGACCAAGCAGAUGCUGCUGGAUCGGGCCAUCCAGACAGUGACCGCUCACCUGGGUGUCAGUUCAUCACCUGUGUGGAACCUGGUUGCUUUACUUAAGAACUGCAUUCCGCAAUAUCAAUUAGGACACUGGCAGCGACUUGAGAAGAUGAGGCAAUACAUCAGCAACCACAAUCUGCCCUUGACACUGGUGGGAGCGUCUUACGAUGGUGUCUCCGUCAAUGAUGUUAUAUUCAGUGGGCGCACUGCUGCUGAGGGUCUCGUUGGAAAAAUUUGACUGAAGGUCGUUUAAUUUUGACUGAAUGAAAUGCUUUUAUUUAAGACAAAGAUUUUAGGUUUUGUAAUAUUGUGAAUCCUGGGAUGGAUUUGAAAAAUGCACUCUAAUAUAUACACUUGAAUUUUGAAUGGAAAUUUAAGUGUUGGGAUUGUAGUGUACAGCACAUAGUCUAGAAAUCUAAUAUUGUAUUAAUGAUGAGUUCUAAAUGUCGUUAAGAAAGUUAUGCUAAACUUCCAGGCAGAAAUGAGCUGCCAAAUAAUUUACUUCAUAAAUAAAACAUCACAAUUGUAGCCAAACAAUUGUAGAACUUGUUUGGCUACAAUUGUGAACACUCUGUCUCUGUGGCACAUAAAUUAAAUGUAACUUUUAUGUCAGUCUGUGGUAAAUUUGAACUUUAGAUGACAUAUAUUAUAUUUUGAAUUUUUCUUUACAUCUUGGCUGGAAUAUUGUCAAGAGUUUCUGCCAGCAUAAUGUCCAUUACAUUGACGUGUCUUCAAUGGCAAAUUUAAGACUUAUAUUUUGCAUUUGAACCGAGCAGCAGAUUUGAAAUAGUUAUGGCAAUCUGUAUAGUUACUGACUUUCAAAGGGCAAAAUAUACUAUUUCUCAGAGAUCCAGAACUAUAAUGGUUGCUCUAGUCUCGUGCAAUUUUGUUUUGGAUACAGAAGUUUUGGAAGCAGGUCUUUUGUUAAUCUGAUGCGAUUUCAUUUCACAUUAAUGUUUUAGCACAGCUGUGCCUUUUUUCUUUUAAAUCAUCAGUGCUCAUAAGGAUCGUUCGGUGAAUGUACUGAAUUAAAUUUAUAUUGUAUUGUAUCAAAAUGGAUUCCCAUACCAUUGAGAUUAUUUGCAUUAUUUUCAGCCUCGAGAUUUCGUUCUGGGAGUGUUCAUUGGGUGCGACGAAAGCCACAUCUUUGCACGAGUGUGCUUGUAGUACAAGGAAUAUUACAUUAUAGCUUGUGGUUGAUAGCUUGAUAGUCUUGAAUGUAUAGUUUUGUAAAGCGGGUGAUGUUAAUUAAUCAUGUAAUUCAAACAAUUCCAUUAAAAUAUUCUAAAUUUAUGAAGUAUACAACUAUUCAGUAAAUCAUAAUUUAUUUUUAUACAUAUUAUGUUAGAGAUGAUGCUCUAAGUAUGAUCAGCAAUAAAAAUAAUUGAGAUGUGCUUGAUAUGUUCCAUGUAAUGUGGUAUUCAGUAUAAUAAUAAAAGAUAAGCUGGCUUUUGUAUGCGUUGAUGAGUAGACCGUGAAUUCAUCUAGCAUUGGCAAUGUGAAGAAGCCUGCGGCUAAACAGGAGUAUACAUUAAUAAACACACAGCACAAAUUAAAUAUUUCAUGUGCCAAUUACACAAGCCCACCCAACCCUCCAAGCCAUUACCAAACAAAUGGCGAGGUCACCUUGGAAAUUACAGUUUGUAAUGAAAUGUUUUGUUUUCACCUCUGAGUGUGUUGACAGCUCAGUUGGAAAGUUGUUUUACAAAAGGCACAUUGUCAAACAUGCACAAAGAAAGAUGUGGCUGCCAGCAACAUUUAAAUGUUUCUGUAUGAGUCCCUGCUGGUUUUGUUAUUUGUGCAUUUUAAGUGAUUUCCUGUCUGGCUUCACACUGCCACAGAUUUUGAUGCUGUCUGCCACUAAUCAUUAUUUCAAAUGUCAUGGAUUGACCGACAUUAACGGUUUAGCUAUUUUUUUAGUUUUCCUCCUUGUCUCUAAUUCGACUCAUCCACAAGACUAGUAGACAGUCAGUGUUUGUUUAACAGGACACCACAUUAUGAUGAUGCAGAAUUAAAAACAAGAAUAUUAACAAACCCCUAACACUUAGGAGUGCAACUCGCCCUAACAGAAAAUGACAUUAUGUGGUUUAUAACUUUUAUUGCAGCAGUUUCGAGUUGAAAUGUCCAUUGUGUGGUGCUAACAGCAGGUAUAAUUUUCUCCAGAAGAGAUUAGGUUUAUAGUUUUAAAUUACCUAAACAUGUCUCCCUACCCUAAAUUUGAAAAGGGACGGCACAACUUAAUAGCUCUCAAACAAGCUUGUAAAUAUAGUUGGUUAUGUAAUGCAAAAGUUAAUAUGUAUUGCUGUAUAUCGCUUGCGCUAUAGUAAAAGUGUUUAGAUGUCGUAUACGAUUGCACUGUGUGAGAAAUGGGGCAAAAAGUGAGCAUUUAUUAACUGAUAAAAUGCUGUUUACUCGUGAUUUGUGUGAAAGUGAAUAAAAGUUGUCCCCUAAGGUCAUUUCACCAGGAGAGUGCCAAGAUACUUCUAACAAGACACAUGAAAGCAUGGUUCAAUGAACCAGGUUGCACAUUGAGUUACAUUGAUGGAGGGAUCUGAGCCAUAUAGCGACCAGAACAUCGCAGAGACUUAGUUUUGGGCUCUUUUGACUAAGUAACUACCCCGAACACCCUAGCGACUACAUGGCAAUGUGCUUACUUCAUGUUGAACAUGCUGCUUCAAUAUCAUGGCAGCAGGUUUUGUAUGGGUAAGCACCACUUUAUGAUUAUAUUGCUUGUUUACUGUUCUGUGACUUUCCAUUUUUAUAUUUCAUGCCCCCACCGUCAUUAACUUGAUUAAAAUAAUGUAAAAAAAAAUAAGAUCAGCAUAUGGUUGUCUAAAUUGCUCAAAAAGGGAAGCAUAUGGCUUUAAAAGAGAAUAUGGAACAGUAUGAAAGAGACAUUUUGGCUUUAUUUGACAGUUAUUUGAUGUGUGAAGCAGUCUGUCCAAAUUCCAUCAGGACCCUCUGCCAAACUAAUGACGCAAUCAGAAUUGUUAACUUUCAGGGGGCCUGGGUAGCUCAGGAAGUAAAGACGCUGAUUACCACCCCUGAAGUCGCAAGUUCGAAUCCAGGGUGUGCUGAGUGACUCCAGCCAGGUGUCCUAAGCAAUCAAAUCGGUCCGGUUUGCUAGGGAGUGUAGGGGGUAACCUCCUCUAUCAUGCUAUAAUGUGGUUCUCAGUGGGGUGCGUGGUGAUUUUUGAGUGGAUGCAGCAGAGAAUAGCGUGAAGACUUCACACUGGCUGUGUUUCCGCAGUAAUGUGCUCAGCCAGCCACUUGAUCAAUUGUGUGGAUUACCGGUCUCAGACGCCGAGGCAACUGAGAUUUGUUCUCCACCACCCAUUUUGAGGCAAGUCACUACGCCACCACGAGGACUUAGAGCACAUUGGGAAUUGGGCAUUCCAAAUUGGUGAGAAAAGGGGACAAAUAAAAAAAGAAUUGUUAACUUUCCAAGAUAGUAUCAAAUCUGCUUGGCAUUCUUUUGCUUUGAGCAGAGAUUUUUGUCUGGGCUACUUAAAAGGAAUAUUCUGGAUUCAAUACAAGUUAAGCUCAAUCGAUAGCAUUUAUGUUAUAAUGUUGAUUACCACAAAAAAACAAUUAGUCCACAGAAGAGGUUAGUUAGAGAUUUUAUCACACUAAAAUCAUGUUAAAACUUAUAUUGUUUCUGUAUUUUUACGUUUAGGGAUUGGGCCCAUUCAUUUUUAUUGUAAAGGCCUUACUGGAACCCAGAUAUUGAAUUUUAAAGAAAUGGUGAGAAAAGUCUAAACUAUUUUUUGUUGUAAUCAAAUGCUGUCAAUUAAGAUUAAAUUGUAUUAAACUCAGAAUAUUUCUUUAAGACAAUUUUUUAUUUAAUUUCCUCUCAAAGUCAAAUUCACUUUUAAACGUACAGAUACAGAAUCUAGCAAUACUUACACCUGAAAUACUCCAUUUUGAUUCGGUCAAUUGUGGCAUUUUGUGGUUAAAUGUUUGUGUAUGAUGUCUGCUAAACUGUUUAAUGAACUGUGGUCCCAUAGGCUAUAUAUUGUCAAACAGCAUUUAGGAUAUUUUAGCUUUUUGCAUAUUUUAGAGGAUAUUUUUUGAUCAUUUGAAAAUCAGUGUGUCUUUUCUCAAGGACUCUGUAGCUCUUCUGAAUUGUCUUUAUGAACGUUUCACCUCCAUAUUUCCCAUAUGCGUGACCACAUGAACUGAGUCAGGAGGGCAGCAGUGUUGAUAAAUGGGCUUAAUGUUCUUUUCUCCUUUAAUGUCAUUCCAUGAGGCUGCAACACGCUCCCUCUAUUGACUCCUCAGGAGCUCCAGGGUCCUAAUGUAUCAAAAUCACAAUCAAAAUGGCAUAAAAUUAUGAUUCUAAAAGCUGUUUGGUGGACUCUCAAAUUCUCCUGCCAUCUGCAUGUAUAUCAUGCACAAUCUUGGUCACAUAAUAAAAUAUUUGGCAUCCGGAUCCAAUUCAUAGAAUAAAAUAUGAUAAUUAAGUCUUGUUUGUGUUUUGAUUUGCUCUUUUAAGUUCAACAGAAAGCAGUGCAUUACAUAAUGAUUGCAAAUCCAGUGGAACAGUCAGCCAGUUAGAUCAUGGGUUUAUUUUAACCUCCAUAAAAGCACAGUCAAAAAGCAUUGAUUUGAAUCGUGUGUCCUAAAUAAAGUUGCAGUAUCUUGUUUUCCUCUGCAAGCAGGUAUGUCAUAAUGCAUACCUGCUAAUUAAAUAAUAAUGAGCUGGAUAUUAAUCGUACAUUUAUAUAGAAUCUUAAAAUAAAUUAUAUAUUAAGAUUAUAUAUAAUGUACGCUUCCAUAGCGUAGACAGGAAAGUAUGGUGAGAGAGGGGAAAUGGGAUCGGGACCGCACCCAUCUCUGACUCAUCAGCUCUGCUUAUAUUUAUUUUUAGCGUAACCCAUGGAAACCCAUCAUAUUGUAGACCUCACAGAGUUCUAUAGUGGCUUAUAAAUAUUAAAAAAAAACGCACUCCUUACAUCUUACGGAACUUAAAAGGGUUCUUGUAUGGAUCAUACUUAGGUAGGUUUCCAGUGGCAUCAUAAUUAAUUAAAAUGUGCUCCUAUGACAUUUAUAUUGAACUCAAAAAAUGAGUUCAAUAUUAAUGAGAGAGAUGUUUAAUUGUAAUUUGUUUUUAACAGCUGUUUUAGGGUUUGUUGACAUUACAUUGUCAUGGCAAAGAAGUUGUAAAUUGGAUAUAACUUUACACAGAAAAAGUAAGUGAUUUUGUCAUACUAAAAUCAUGUUAAUGUGCAUAUUUUUGUUUACGCUUUGUGGCUAUACUUUUAAAUCAGUGAGUAUUUUAAUGUUUAUGGAUUGGCCAACAUUCACUUCCAUUGUAAGUGCCUCUCUG